UCGCUCGCUCGCUUAAUCAGAUUGGAUUUCGAAUUUCAGAAUUUAUUUCUCGUUUGAAUUUUUAGCUUGCCGUAAAACUGCAAGAUUUCGACAACGUUUGCUAAAUUGUAAUUUUGUUUGAAACUAAAUUCCGCAGAAGCUGGCAGAAAAUGAGAGCUGUCAAAACUAGCAGAAAUGGUGGUCGACUGCAAAAUCCAACUCAAUUCGCCGGACUUACGCCCGCGGGAAUACAAUAUUCAGCUGCGUAUCCGCAGCAAGCCAUUGCAGCUCACAGCAAGUCAAAGCCAGCGACAGCUGUCGGCAGCCAACAGCAACAACAAUUGCAGCAGCAGCAGCAGCAGCAACAAUAUCUGGCACAGCAACAGCAGCAGCAACAACUGCAGCAACAGCAGCACCAACAGCAGCAACAGCUGCAAUCAGCUAAUCUACCCAGCUAUGCGGACCAGAUGCAAGCCGCCUUCCUUGAUUACCAGCGUCAGCGAUUGGAGUUUGAGCAGCAGCAACAGCAGUUGCUGCAAAAGCUCUACACCUACUAUCCCGAUGUCUCCGGCCAGCAGCAGCACCAACUGCAGCAUGAACAGCAGCAGCAGCAGCCGCAACAGCCGCAACAGUCGUCAACAGUCGGCAGUUCCAAUGUUGCAGGGAAUCGAUACUUUGCACGCCAAUCCACGUCAGCUUUUGGGAACAGCAACGGAUUGCAGCCGCAGCAACAACGCCAGCAGCAGACACAGCUGCCGCAGUUGCACACAACAUCAUCCGGCGGACUGGGCAAUUUCUACUCGACCCAGCAGCACAUGGGAUUCCUGCAGCAGCAGCAGCAAGAUGUGCUGCGCGAUCAGCAGCAGAAUGUUGCGCAACAGUUCGCCACCGGCCAACUGGCACCCAGCACCACAACCAACUACGGCAUGGCAGUGCCCGAGACCUCCGUUUUGGGUUCUCCAUCGUAUCAACCUUCGUCAGCCGUAUCCCAUGUGAGAUUCUCCAGCGGCAAUCUCAACUACAACUUCUAAGGCACACGCUCCCCGAAUCAAUUCCACAAUAUGCCAGGCUCUGCUGCAUCCCGCUGCCAGCUCGCCACCCAGUGGACAAGUGGACCGACCGGUGGACCCAGAAACUCAACUGACCAACUAACUGAUAAUCGACCUCUGUUUUUUUUUUGUCGCUCUUUUUUUUUUUGCUCGCACUUAGUUUUAAUUUAUUCUAAUCUCGUAAUAGUCAUUAUUAGUAAUAUCCUUUUUUUUUUUUGUAACUAUGUGAACAUUUUGCAGCAGCGUAGCUAUGAGUCAUACAUUGUCUAAAAUUAAAAUUCAAAAAUCAGAA